GGAACAGUUCUUCUGCAACUGAGCCCUCCCUUGAACUGCGCACCCAAUCAGAACCACUGAGGUGUACAAUUAAAUUGAACUGAUUUGCUGCGUAAAGUUGAGUCGGAAAAGACUGAAAGGUGGUCUUUACUCGCAGAAGAGAGAGGCUUGAGAAACGCGAGGUGACGGUCAUAGACUGUCAGUUUAACAACUGGGAAGUCUAAAUCGAAGCACGAACAGGCUCGCGUUUGAUCAUGUUCACUGUUUUAUCGGGAGGGAUAAAGCUCUGCGGAUGACGACGUAUUGCUUUCCCUCACUGUCUUGAAAUCCUUAUAGCAUCGUCUCGAAACUCACUACUGCGGUAUAAAGUUUAAAUUAUCUUAAAGUUGUCUAAUAGCUCUCUGUUUUGUUCAACGAAGCUCGCUUUGCAAAGGAAUUAAGUUGAAGACGACCACGACCGCGAUUAACCAGCAUUGUUACCAAUCCUGUCUGUUUCAUUGGGUUUAGGAAGAGAGGCGCAGUCGUCGCAAAGCGAAACUACGCAAUUAAUUCAAGAAUGGAAUACCAGUAUGCAAUAAAUUAAGGUGUGAAUUCUCCGGUUGUCUGAAAGUGUGAAGUCUGGUUGUUGUGUGCUGGAAGCAACUCGUCAAGUAACAGAUGAACCUGUAGGUGACGACGCAUUUCGAAAACCAAGGUAUGUGUCCCCAGGAAUUAUUAGGAGAAUGAUGAUUCCAGGCUCGCUGCAGAAGCAUGUCAUGGUACUGGAGUGGCGCUGCUGUUGUUAAAUGGUUUUGUCUCAUGGUCCUGUCGGAGUGGACCGCCUUGAGCUUGCACUGCUGGGUUUUAGCUGUUGCCACUGCCUCUGGCCAGCAUGAGAGCGCUGGCCCCAUGGACUGGCUCCUGUCUGAAAAGGGUCCUUUCCACCAGUCACAGGAGUAUGCCGAGUUCAUCGAAAGAUACCGGCAGGGAUUCACCACCAGAUACAAGAUAUACAGGGAGUUUGGUCGCUGGAAGGUCAACAGCCUGGCGGUGGAGAGAAGGGACUUCCUGGGUUCCAGCUUGCCGCUCACUCCGGAAUUCUUCAGCAGCAUCCGGCUGUUAGGGCGGAGACCUACCCUGCAGCAGAUAACGGAAAACCUCAUCAAGAAGUAUGGGACUCACUUCCUUCUCUCAGCAACACUUGGAGGGGAAGAAUCUCUGACCAUAUUUGUAAACAAGAAGAGGCUGAGUAAAGAGGGCAACGGGAAAGACGGCAGCGACAACAGUUCCAUCGCCACUCUGGAGAACUUGCACCAGCUGGCGGCCUCUUAUUUCAUAGACAGGGAGAGUACACUGCGAAGACUGCACCACCUCCAGAUAGCCACCUCAGCUAUCAAGGUAACAGAAACCAGGACUGGCCCUCUUGGAUGCAGUAACUACGACAACCUUGACUCUGUCAGUUCUGUUCUAGUGCAAAGCCCUGAAAACAAAAUCCAUUUACAAGGUCUUCAGGUCAUACUUCCUCAUUACCUGCGUGAGAGCUUCAUCAGAGCAGCUCUUGGCUACAUUACCUGCAAUUCUGAAGGGGACUUUGUCUGCAAGGACAAUGACUGCUGGUGCCACUGUUCUUCUGACUUCCCAGAGUGCAACUGCCCCACUGCUGAUAUCCAGGCUAUGGAAGAGAAGUUGGUUCAACUGAAGGAAGUGUUGACAAAUUACAACAAAGAGUUUGAGAACUCAGAUGAGUUUAAGUCCUUCGUCAAGAGGCUUCCACUAGAUCAUCUGCUGAAUAUGUCCACAAUCUUUCAGCUGUGGAGCAAAGACAUGAGCCUGCAGCGCCUCUAUGAGAAGCUAGAGGGCAGCAUGAAACACAUCUACAGCAAAGCCCAGAAGAUGAUUCAGAAACUCUUCAACCUCAGUAAACGAUGUGAUAAACAGCCUCAGUAUAGGCUGCCCAGAGAGAGACCGUUAACCUACUGGCUGAAGAAGGUGCAGUCCCUUCUGUACUGCAGUGAGAACAACCUUUCAGGCACCUUCAACGAGGAGCUGCAGAGCUGUGCCUGUCCCAUGGAGCAGGACUCCUGUCAGGGGAUACUCCCUUGUGUAGUGGGGGACGGCGCUAGCUGCUCGUCCUGUGCCCAAGAGAACCCAGCGCUCUGUGGCAGUUGCAAUCCUGGCUACGUGCUGAUUCUGGGUUCCUGCCGGCCUGAAGUGUCAGAUUCCCCAGAACACUACCUUGGCCUGGAGACAGACUUCCAGGACCUGGAGAUGAAGUAUCUCCUGCAGAAGCACGACAGCCGCAUUGAGGUGCACGCUAUAUUCAUCAGCAACGACAUGAAGCUCAACAGCUGGUUUGACCCCUCCUGGAGGAAGCGCAUGCUGCUCACUUUGAAGAGCAACAAGUACAGGUCCAAUCUGGUCCACAUGCUCUUGGGACUGACCGUCCAGAUCUGCCUGACCCGGAACAGCACACUAGAGCCCGUUCUCUCUGUCUAUAUCAACCCUUUCGGAGGCAGCCAUUCUGAGAGCUGGUUCUUGCCCAUUAGUGAGAACCAUUUCCCAGACUGGGAAAGGACUACACUGGACGGCUUCCCACAAUGCACCAACUGGACCUUGACGCUCGGCAACAAGUGGAAGACCUUCUUCGAAACUGUCCAUAUCUAUCUGAGGAGCCGGAUCAAGACUACCAACUCCAAUGGCAACGAAACUACGUACUACGAACCCUUGGAAUUAACUGAUCCCUCUCGGAACCUGGGAUACCUGAAGGUCAACAGUGUCCGUUCCUACGGGUUCAGCAUGCCCUUUGACCCCGAGGCCAUCCGAGACCUCAUCUUGCAGCUGGACUAUCCCUACACACAGGGCUCCCAGCACUCUGCUUUGCUGCAGCUGCUUGAGAUUCGGGACCGCGUGAACAUGCUGUCCCGCCAAGGCAAGCAAAGACUGGACCUCUUCUCCUGCCUGUUGCGCCAUCGACUGAAGCUGUCGGCCAGCGAGGUGGUGAGAAUCCGCGAUUCCCUGCAGUCUUUUGCAGCAAAACUCCCCCAUGCCGUGGAUUACGAGUUGGCCAAACUAUGCAGUUAGCUGCCACAACGAAAAUAGAGCAUUUCGUUUUGUGCUGUCAGCUUUAGGCUUAAGGGCUUGGGGGGGGGGGGUUCUUAGCAGGGUAAACUUAAAACACAUCUUAAAGUACUUGCCGAAUGUGAAUAGGUUUUAAAUAUUGUGAUCUUUACAAAAUGGACCUCUGGUUUACAUUUUGAACAAAGGUGGUGUGGCCAUUGUCAGUGCAUUUGUAGUGAAAAGGUACUACAGUAAAUGAUGUUUUUUUCUGUUCAUUUUAAAGCUGUUUGUAAACAUGGUGUAAAUUAAUAAAACCAAUAUGAUUGUAUACAGCUUUUGCAGGGUGAUUCCGCAGUGACUGGCUACACAUAGCAGCGUCUGGAAGAGUAGAACAUUUUUGCAAGCAGUCUUAAGAAAGAUCUUCAGACUGCACUGCCAGGCAACCAAUUGUAAGAUGACAUUUACAUGAGAAACCUACGGGAUCAUAAUGCUUAUGGCAUUGUGAACAUUCAACUUCACGACCAUCUGUAGUAGUUUAGUGUUGUAUCCUCCUGAUUCAACCUUGAAUUUUGUUUAAUAGUAAUUGUUAUUAGUGAAUUUUAACAUAGCUUACUUUUUUAGCAACUGUACAGGUAGUAUAUUUUGAUUGUUUUAAUAGCACCCAGGCAGCAAGAUGGACCAAGUGGUUUCCUGUACUUCUAACGACAAUGUUCUUUAUGCUAGCUUUCUGAGUAAUAUUCUUCUAAUGUUUAUUUCUGGAUUUUUUAAACGUUUUCUUUUACUGACAUCCAUUUUAUCCUGUAUUUCUACAAUUCCAAUAGACUAUAUUGUUUAAUACGUGGACCUCCUAAAUUCACAAGAUAAAACCAUACUGUAUAUUAAUGGUUAUGUCCUGUAUAUUCACCUUAUAUUCAAAAAGUAAAAUUAUAUUAGCAGAAAGUCCGAUGAAGCAAUUCAGUGGUAAAGAAGUGUGGCCUUCCAGACCCCCAUGCUGUAUUGGACAGAUUUAUUUUUCUGUAAUGCAAACUCUUUAAAACCCAAGGAGGAUUCCUAAAACCACCUCAGUUGGUGCAAAACGGGGGAUUUGAGUGUUCAAUAUGGAUAUUUAAGUCUAAUAGGAACAAAAGUUAUUUCCUACACACCAGCAUUUCAUUACGAGGAUCAGUAUAGUUGUACAAAAUCCAGUUUCAAGCAGUGCAAACAGGAUAUUGUUGAAAGUAAUCAAAAUGUAAUUUUCGUGCUCGAUGCUCUGUGAUGUGUGCCUAGAGAUGCUGUGAGUAUCCGGUUAGCAUUCUCUUUCUAUAUUGCCAGUAAGUUCUUGCCUUUAACCAGGCACCCAUCCCACUACCUUCAAAACUUUUUUUGUUGGCAGUGUUGAGCUUAUUUUCUAUGUUGAUUUAUAUGGUUAUUGACAAACAUGAGACACAAGGACUAAAUCAAUAAUAAUAAAAAAAAUCUGUCCAAACAA